AUGUCACAAAGAGGACACGUAGAGAAAGUCAAGGAUAGAGGAAUUAAUGUGUUUGAUACCUUCAUACCGAUCCUGGACUCCCUCGUGGUUGUUAUGGGAGUUAACGUGACACUGGACAAAGGUCGAUAUCGAGACAAGAUGGGAAGAGACGACAGAAGGAGAAGCGAUGAUCGGGAACGAGACAGAAGCAGAGGAAGAGAUCGGAGCAGGGAGCGCGACAGGAGCAGGGACAGGGACAGGGACAGGGACAGGGACAGGGACAGGGACAGGGACAGGGACAGGGACAGGGACAGGGACAGGGACAGGGACUCAAAAAAGCUUCACAAAAUGGCAGAGACCAGAGAGGAAAAGAUGAAUCGUCGUCUUGCCAAGAAGGCUCUUAAACGGUUGAAGGAAGAAGAAAGAAAUACAAUCUGCGGCUACACGGAUGAAAACAAUCGCUUUGGAGAUAGCAACAUCACACAGCAGUUUCGUUGGCACAAGAAGGAAGAAACUGUCCAGACCUCGCGUGAUCACAGAUACAAGCCUUACGAGCAGAUGUCAGAGAGAGAACGUCGUCGCCAUGAGGAUGAGAGGAAGCGAAUGAUCGAAGAUGAAGUGCAAAAGGUGAAGCAAAGGCGAGAAGAAAGAGAGCGAGAGCAGGCAUGGCUGGAAGAAGAGAAGGCGAGAAUGCAGAGGCAGCAAGAAGACCAGCAACAUGCUGAAUGGGAGAGAAACGCGGAUAAGUUUCACUUGGAGCAAGCGAAGAUCCGUUCAAAGAUUCGGCUCAAGGAAGGUCGCGCAAGACCCAUUGACAUCUUGGCAAAGAAUCUCAUCGAAGACAACAUGGAGGUCGAAAUGACGGAGCCGUACAAGCUUUUCAAAGGCCUUCAGAUUGCUGCUCUGGAGGAGCUAGAGAGGGACAUAGAAAUGUAUCGCAAUCUCGACAUGGAGAACGUAUUGUUCUGGGAGUGCAUGACUACGGUGUGCGAGGAUGAGCUUCAGGAUGCUCGUCGUCAAGCAGCAUGGGCAGCCGAGGGAAGGAGCGGGCAUUAUCUCGACGGCGUCCAUGCUGCUGUGCAUGCUGACAUUGUUAAGAUGUUCCAAGGCAAAAGCAGGAGGGAGCUGGAAGAGCAGGAGAAGGAGAUCAAGGACAUGCUGGAGGGUGACUCGGCUUCCGACACGGAGUUCUGGGAAACUUGUCUGAGGAGGAUCGUGGUCGCCAAGGCCAAGGCGACGCUCAAGGAGAUCCAUCAGUCGAUCCUCCGUCGGCGUCUCAGCGCCCUCGAGUCGCAGGUUCAUACUGUGGCUCUUAAGCCGGCAGGUCCAAGGAUGGAGGAGAAGGAGAGUUCGAAGGAGGAUGACAAGGAGGAGGCUGCAAGCGAAGGAGAGGAGAGCGACAACCAAGGAAGCUUCAGUCCUGUCUUGGAUCGGUCUUACCGCGGUGAUGAUGCGGUCGACGAGGCAGAAGACAAGCAGCAAAUUGAGCAGAAGCGCAAGGCUGUCUUGGAGGCGGAGACGAACAAGUUCAGAGAAGUCAAGAGCAGGAGCAUGGAGGAUCAGCUCUAUGACUCGAUGGACAAGACACUCGAAGAGGAUGAGGCGGUCUUCACUGAUGAGAUCUCCCUCGACAAUCAAGUCUACUCUUGGCAUGAUAAGUACCGUCCUCGCAAACCGAGAUUCUUCAACCGCGUUCACACCGGCUACGAGUGGAACAAGUACAACCAGACUCAUUACGAUCAAGACAAUCCUCCACCAAAGAUCGUUCAAGGCUACAAGUUCAACAUCUUCUAUCCUGAUCUCAUCGACAAGACCAAGACUCCGGUCUUCAAGCUCGAGGCCGACAACAACCCGGAGACCAAGAUCCUUCGCUUCUCGGCCGGCCCCCCCUACGAGGACUUGGCUUUUCGCAUUGUGAACAAGGAGUGGGAGUUCUCGCACAAGAAAGGCUUCAAGUGCACUUUCGACAGAGGAAUUCUUCACCUCUACUUCAACUUCAAGCGCUAUCGGUACAGACGUUAG